AUUCACUCCAACUCAGGAGCUGCUCCUUUCCUGACAAACAGAGAAGCAGAGACAGAGACCAAAGGCAUUACUGCAACAUCACAAGGUCAGAGUGGACAUGGUGUCUCUGUGGUGUGUGUUGGCUUUGCUCACCUUUUUCUCUCCGGAGGCUUCAGGAACUAACCCCGGAGUUAUACUUAGAGUCACACAGAAGGGACUCGAGUAUGGUCGUCAGAUUGGCCUUGUCACCCUACAGAAGAAGCUCAAAACCGUCAAAAUCCCAGACAUGAGCGGCUCGGAGAAGGUGUCUCCCAUAGGCAAAGUCUCGUAUAGUCUGACAGGCAUACAGAUCCUAGAUCUCGGGUUGCCCAAGUCGGCUGUGGGGUUGGUACCUGGCACCGGGGUGAGUCUGUCCAUCGGCGAUGCCUACAUUAACCUGCAUGGCAACUGGAGGGUCAAAUACCUCAGAAUCAUAAAGGACAGCGGAUCGUUCGACUUGUCCGUUAGCGGACUCAGCAUCAGCGCCACCAUCAGCGUUAAAGGAGAUGACACAGGGCGUCCGGUGGUCAGCAGUGCUAACUGUGCAGCCUCUGUUGGCAAUGUCAAGAUCAAGUUUCAUGGAGGUGCCAGCUGGUUGUAUAAUCUGUUUAAGCACUACAUCGAGAAGGCUCUGCGCAGUGAGCUACAGAAACAGAUCUGUUCUCUGGUGGCUGAAGCCAUAGAGGAGAUGAAUCCCCAUCUGAAAACUCUAAAUGUUCUCGCGCAAGUUGACAAGUACGCUGAAAUCGAGUAUUCCAUGGUGGAGUCUCCGCUCAUGUCUAAUUCAAGCAUUGAUCUCAGUUUAAAGGGGGAGUUCUACAACAUCGGGCAGCAUAAGGAGCCCCCGUUCUCCCCUACACCGUUCUCCCUGCCUGCUCAGGACAGCAACAUGAUGUAUAUCGGAUUAUCAGCCUUCACCCUGAACUCAGCCGGAUUCGUGUACAACAACGCCGGAGUGCUCAGCCUCUACAUAACAGACGACAUGAUCCCUUCCAGUUUUCCUAUUCGACUGAACACAAAGACAUUUGGGACCUUCAUUCCACAAAUUGCUAAGCAGUACCCUGGGCUGAUGAUGAAGCUCCUGGUGAAGGCUGAGAAGGAGCCGAACGUCUCAUUUGAGCCUGACAAUGUGACGCUGCAGGCAAGCAGCACAGUUACAGCCUACGCCAUUCAGCCCAACGCCACGCUGUCUCCUCUCUUCGUCCUCAACGUCAAUGCCAGCGUGAGCGCUCGGAUUUACGUCAGCGGCCUCACAGUGGCUGGAAAUUUGAGUCUCGACGAAAUGGACAUGACAUUAGCGACGAGCUACGUGGGACCGUUUCAGGUGAAAUCACUCGACAGUUUUCUCACCAUGAUCAUGAAAGCUGUUGUGAUACCCGUGGUUAACGCUCUCCUACGGCAAGGUUAUCCUCUACCUGCCAUCGGAAACAUGAAUCUGGUCAACACUCAGCUACAGAUCCUGAAGGAUUAUGUGUUAAUCGGGACAGACGUCCAGUUCACCGGAUAGGCCUUACCUGAUGUCUACUAACAGUGGAUUCCUUUUACAAACAAAACUGUUUGCUUCCUUUCUUUACAACUAUCCAUGACCUUUAUACAAAUUCAUCAAUAAAUAAAUAAACAUGA